AUGACCCUCACCAGCAAACAGCGUCUGACGGAGGCACAAAUCACUACCAUCUCAGGCCGCCUGACCUGCGCGAAUCUCACCGAGCCCGAGACCGAUGAUACGGGACGGCACAUUGAGAACUGUGCUGGGAACCGUAUCGGUGGUUACCAUCGAUCGCCCCAUCCCGCGGAAGUCGGAGAUUCCGACUGCAGCCAGCUCUUUCAAUGA